CUGAUACACAUGUGAUCUCAUGCCUAUAUAACCCAGGAAUAGCCUCUGAUGAACCACUCAUUGCUCUGGGUAUCAACGCUUCAAGAGGCUUGCUGCUCGUUCCUUACCUGCUGACAGGUGUGUUUGAAGGAAUAAUGGCAACAUUGAUCCUGCUGAUGAUUUUAGCUCUUCUGGAGCCCUCUGCACAGAUGUCUGUUUCCACGGCUGUCAAUGGAACAGUGAACAGUGAAGGACAAUGUGUCUGUACAGUGAUAUUGCCUGAUAACACAUUCCCAGUGGAAAAAAUGGAAUAUUUGGAAACAACAACAACAGAGCUGAGUAUCAGUAUCCAAAGUGAGAUCACCAAGGUACAACAAUACACACAGAUUAUCUCAGUCCACAUCGUGAAGCUGCGAAAUCUGACCCAGCGAGUAGAGAAUAUCGAGGCAGGAGGGUCCUACACCCAGCUUGACUUUGAGCUGCUCAAACUUGAGAUCCAAGAGCUAGUGACGCUCACCAAUCAGCUGAAGGUCACGAUCAACGGAAGCAACACCAUCAUUGACCAACUUUACAUAGAGAUUCAGAACAUAUCAAUCAUCGUGCACCAGUUGGAAUCAUACGACAAGAACAAUGUCCUGCAGAUCCGCAAGGAGAUUACAGCACUGAAGGAGCGACUGGCAGAAUGCGAGAAGAACCGGGUUCCAACAACCCCUCCACCGAUUGAUUACGGGAGCUGCAAUCAUGAUGGUAUACUCAAUGUGACUGAGCCUUUCGUGACACAGCUGAACUGGCUGGGAUUUAGUUAUAAGUUUGGAGGGUGGGGCAAAGACCCCACUCCCCUUCCCUCUAAAAACCAGCUGUACUGGGUAGCACCACUCGUCAAUGAACAAAGGCUCGACAAGUUUCGGAUCUACUCUUCAUACGACGAUUUACUGCUCUACAGGAAUCCAAUUGAGAAAACACUUGUGAUUCCAGGACGUUACCCCAACUAUGGAAACACAGGGCAGGGAAGCGGGAUGGUCUUGUACAAUAACACCUUGUAUUACAACUGUUACAAUACUAGGGACAUGUGCAGGGUUAAUGUAGACACGGGGACCGUGCAGAGAGUGACCCUGACUGAUGCUGUCUUCAAUAAUAGGUUCUCAUAUCAAGGUGCUAAAUACCAGGACAUGGACUUUGCUGUGGACGAAACUGGCCUGUGGGUCAUUUACUCCACCGAUGAAAAUGCUGGGAACAUGGUUAUCAGUAAAAUUAACACAACAUCCUUCACUGUGGAGAGGACAUGGGUCACUAGACAGUUCAAACCUGGUGUGACCAAUGCCUUUAUGGUCUGUGGGGUGUUGUAUGCGAUUAGACCAGUGAGCACACGGGUGGAGGAAAUUUUCUAUACAUUUGAUACCAGAACUGGUGAGGAAGGUACACUUGCGAUAAAGAUGGAUAAAGUGAUGGAGAUUUUACAGAGUGUUAGCUACAACCCCUCUGAUCAUAAACUGUAUGUCUACAAUGAUGGCUACCAGGUGACUUAUGAUGUGAUAUUCAAACCUGAUCAAUAAUCAGGUACCACUUGAUCACCUGAAACCACGAGCAAAGUGAUCAGCAGAGGCGACAAAUCAUUGGGAAAUCAGGGUCUGAAUUUGAAUUUAUAUUUAGCUUCCAAAUUAAUGUUAAAGUUAGAACAGCAAAACAAAUACUGCUGAAAACUGAUAAUACUCCAUGCCUUGCAAGUUAGGAUGAAUUCUAUUUUAAUCUGUCACUAUCACUAAUUAUCAGAUGUAAUGUAAUGUCCUUAUAGAGAAAUUAUUUUGCAAAACACCACAAAUUGAUUAAUAAAAGCAAAAUCUACAA